AUGAGUAACACUCGAGUUCUGGAUCCCGGACUUCCGAGAGACAGUCCAACAGUUUCUCUCUGGCAGGAGCCUCCCCAUCCUACUGUCGCUUCUAUUCAGUCUGCGACCAUACCCCAGCAGACCGACUUCAUUGUUAUUGGCUCAGGUAUUACAGGGUGCAGUGUGAUCAAAACAUUGCUCGAGCAAUCCGGCCAUGGCGAUAACCAUAAGGCCAGCCAUAUUACACUUCUUGAAGCACGGACGCUUGUAAGCGGUGCUACAGGUCGAAAUGGCGGCCACCUUGUUACUUCUGCUGGCCAUACGUAUGCAUAUCUGGCUGAUAAGUUUGGCGAGCAGAAUGCAAAGGAAAUAACCCGCUUCAGUAUAAUGAAUAUUAACUAUAUAUUGAAGAUGGUCCGCGAAAUGGAUCCAGAGCUUCAAGAAUACAGCCAGAUCAGAAACCUCAUUAAAGUCAUGGUUGCUCAAGAUGCGGCCAUGUGGGCGUCUUCAAAGAAAUCUGUUCAAGAUUUCCAGAAGGCUGUUGAAGAAUACAAGACUUACCACCGGAUUAUCGAGAAGGGGGAUGUCGCAGAGCGUUGGAAUGUCAAAGACGGCUUUGGAGCCAUUGAGCACCCAGCUGGGGCAGUUUGGCCUUAUCGGCUGUUGACAGGAAUAUACGCCCGCUUGUUGGAGAAGUACCCCGAGCGACUCGCAGUCGAAGCGAACACCCCUGUAAUUGACAUAAAAUACGACCCGAUUGUCAAUGAGUAUCCAAAUCAAUACCCGUACACUAUAAUUACCCCUCGAGGCAACAUCCGGGCCGGACAAGUCAUCCACUGCACAAACGCAUUUGCCUCGCAUCUUCUUCCCCCCCUCCGAGGCAAGGUUUACCCUUUCCGCGGCACCAUGUCUGUUCAGAGAGCUGGUUCGGCGCUGAAGAACAAAGGAGACUUCCGUUCUUGGAGUGGAAUCAACCAGGAGUUGCUUGACCCAGAGACACGUAUGUAUCAGUCUGGUUUGUAUUAUCUUCAGCAGAAUGGUCGCACGGGUGAUCUCUGGCUUGGAACUGAGACCUCGUAUUUACGAGAUAUCCUCAACAGUGACGAUACAUACGUCACUCCUGAGUCGUGGGAAGCGUUGUCUAGAUUCCUGCCCAACUAUUUCUCGGAGGGUUGGAAUAAAUCAGAGCCGGCGCAGAUGAAAGGUAUUUGGUCUGGCAUUCAGGGCCACACCGCGGAUGAUCUUCCAUUGGUUGGAAAGAUACCAGAAAAAGUCACCGGAAGACCAGGCAGUACUGGUGAAUGGAUUGCCGCCGGCUUCAACGGAUACGGCAUGGAUAAAUGCUGGCUGACCGGCGAAGCCCUGGCCAAGAUGGCUCUAGGCAGACAGGUGGAUGAUUGGUUCCCAAAGUGUUACUAUAUUACUGAAGCACGUGUUGAGCAGGCCAUGUGCAUGGCCGCAGUCCUGGCCAAGUUCGAUUCAAUCUCCAAGAAGGCACAAGCACCAGCAAAGGGCAAGCUAUAG